AUUAAAUAGGUGCUUCAUUGAAUAUUUCUUUUUGGUUCGACGUAAAUUCUCAGUUACUGAAUAUUGAAUAUUCGUAAAUCACACAAAAUGUCACGAUUAAGUUUGAGGGAAGAAGAUAUCGUAAGGAUAUCACUAGAAUUUCUGAGUAAUCGUGAGCUGCACAUUACUCAACUCGCAUUGGAACGUGAAACGGGCGUAAUCAAUGGAAUAUACUCAGACGACGUGCUGUUUCUCAGACAGCUGAUUCUAGAUGGUCAAUGGGAUGAUGUCUUAGAAUUUAUUCAACCACUUUGUGAACUCCAAGCAUUUGACAUGAAAUUAUUUAAAUAUACAAUUUUAAGACAUAAAUAUAUUGAAUUAUUGUGCAUUAAAAGUGAAGCUGCUGGUAUAACAAUGGGUGCAAAUGUUGAGGGAACUGUCGAGGAAGUGGUUCAAGUUUUAGGACUUCUCGAGAAAUUGGCACCGAGUAAAGAAGAAUAUUCGGGUUUGUGUUUAUUGUUGACAUUGCCGCGUCUUAGUGAUCAUUUAUCGUAUCGAGAUUGGAAUCCAAGUAAAGCUCGUGUUCAGUGUUUUAAAGAAGUAUUUCCAUUAGUGGAGAAAUUCUUACCCGGUGAUAAAAAAAUGAAUCUUACAAAUAUAUAUGCAAAGAAUGAUCGAUUAAUUCAAUUAGUUAUUAAAGGUUUAUUAUAUGAGUCAUGUGUGAAUUAUUGUCAAGCGAAAGCAACAAGUGAUCCAAGUGCAAACGGUGACACCAAUGGCGAAUCAAAAAAUGAAAUAGUGUUUUGCAAAGUUCUAGACAAUAAUAAUGGAUUUACCGACUCAGACUUAUCACUACUCAGUUGGCUACAAUCAAUUCCAGCUGAUGUCUUCUCAAUUCCAUUCGAACAAAAGACAUUAAAUGUUGAUGUCGAGAGAUUAUCGAAACCCGAUUUAGAAGCUUCAUGGACGGAACACAUGCUUAUGACACCAAUUAAACCAAAAAUUUUCCCUCACUCAGUGAUGCCUUUUACAAGACCCAAAACAGCUUGCGAUUUAAUGACAAAAUCUUUACUUGUGCCCUCAUAUGAUGCAACUGUCUCAACGGUUCUCGCAGAAACAAAACGAACGGAAGAUGGAUAUGGAAUGUCGCGAUCAAGUUUCGCUAGUUUUCAUUUGACCGGAAUAAAACCUAGUUCUGGUAAAAUGAUGCAAUCAAGUGUGGAUCGUUUGUUUGAAAGUGAUGGAGAUGUAUUUCUAAGCAGUAAUUUCAACGAUUUUCAACCUCAAAUAUUACCGUCGAUUGACGAAAUAGCUUCCAUUAACUCCAAAUCACCAGAACCUGUUCAAAAAGAUAAAGAUAGCCCAAAUACAUCAACAGCAAAGAGCUCACGUCGAGAUAGCUUAAACGAACGAGUGAUAAAUGCACAAAGCUCAUCAUUCGGCGAACAUGAACACAUACACUCACCUAAUCAUUCUCAACAACCGCAUGUACCGAUGGUUCCAAUACAAUCACCUCCAAUUCACCAUGUGAUGCAACAACAUCCAUUACUAGAAAAUAAACAAGACUUACCUGUUCGAAAUAGUAAUAAUUUCUUUGAUAACUCACUGAAGCAAGUGUCAAAUGCGGAGGCUUCUGCUAGCGGCGGUGGAGAACUUUUUGAAAAGUUUCAACAGAAACAGAAAAAUUCUAAAGACAGCUCAAAUUCAAUGGGUGGAAAAAGUUCGACGAAAGCAAAUGGAUUCAGCGACUCUAUUAUAAAGGAUAGUCCAAAGGAGACAUUUUUCGAAGCUGAUCUGGUACAACAAAAUGAUCCAAACAGACCGAAAUUUGUUGCGGUUACGUCACUCGAAGACGUUCAAGCUGUUAGAUGUGCAGAGUUCCAUCCAAAUGGAACAGUUUAUGCGAUUGGAAGCAACUCAAAGACAUUUAGAAUUUGUGAAUACCCAUCAUUGUCUGAGAUAAGAGAUGAUCACCAAACAUACCAAGCGUCAGUAUUAUUUAAGAGAACGAAACAUCACAAAGGAUCAAUCUAUUGUAUGGCAUGGUCACCGCAAGGCGACUUAAUUGCAACGGGAUCAAAUGAUAAAACUGUAAAAUUAAUGCGAUACAAUGAUGAUCAAAAGCAGCUUGAAGGCAGAGAGAUUGAACUCACCAUGCAUGAUGGAACCGUACGCGAUUUGUGCUUUUUAGAAGACAGUUCAAAUAAAUCAUCGUUAUUAAUAAGCGGAGGUGCUGGUGAUUGCAAAAUUUACAUUACAGAUUGCGCGACGUCAACGCCGUAUCAAGCACUUAGUGGUCAUGGAAGUCAUAUAUUAUCACUCUACAACUGGGGUGGUGCAAUGUUUGUUUCUGGGUCACAAGAUAAAACUGUUCGAUUUUGGGACUUAAGAACGCGAGGUUGUGUAAAUGUCGUCACUCCAGCAACAAACCCAAAUUCUCGUCAGGGAUCACCUGUGGCAGCUUUAUGUGUAGAUCCUUCUGGACGUCUAAUGGUCUCUGGUCAUGAAGAUUCAUCAUGUGUACUGUACGAUAUCCGUGGUAACCGACCAAUUCAAUGCUUCAAACCUCAUUCAUCUGAUAUACGAUCAAUCCGAUUCUCACCAUCAGCAUAUUAUUUAUUGACUGGAAGUUAUGACAAUAAGUUGGUUUUAACAGAUCUACAAGGAGAUUUAACGAUGCCAUUACCAUCAGUUGUAGUUGCACAGCACUCAGACAAAGUCAUUUCUGGACGAUGGCAUCCAUCAGACUUUUCGUUCUUAUCCACCUCAGCUGACAAGACAUCCAAACUCUGGGCAUUGCCUCCAGUUUAAAAAACAUCAUUUUUAUUGGACAAACAUGACCUUUUUUUACCAUGACCGAUGCAGAUAUAUAUGCACAUAAACAUGUUAUGUAUUAAUUUAUUAACAUGACAUUACGAGAAGUA